ACCAGGAAGUAUAGCCGUAACCAAGAGAGAACGCUUCGCUUUAUUCAUUACCGUUACUGUUUUGUUGUCGAGCCCGCUGUUAUUAUCUGCUUUCUCAAAAAAAAAUUACAGUUUUAACUUACAUAUUUCGUAUUUAAAUUUAAAAGAGACACGCGUCAGUGCAGUAAAGUCAAACAUCGAUGGCUUUACCGACGCUUUCGGCGCGCUGGCCGGGUCGAGUGCGCGCUCUGGAGAGGCAGCUGGUUCGGCAGAGGGAGCAGGAGGCGCGUUGGAGGCAGCAGUGGGAGCAUCACUCUCAGUACUUCAGAGAUCAGGAGGUCCGGAGCAGUAAACAAGCCCACUGGACUUCAAGGCAGUCCUUCCAGCGCAGUAUGUCAGCGUUUCAGAGGGAGCGGAUGAAGGAGGAGAAGCAGCGGAACCUGCAGGAGCGCAGGGAGCAUCUGAGGACGAUGCUUGAUGAGGAGAGAGACCAGCUGGAGGCCGAGCUCAAAAAUGUGCUUCCAGACAGAACCACAGUGACCAGACAGCUGGUGGAAAAAACAGACGCCCUCCGGUCCGCAAGGGAAGAAAGGAGGAAAAACUUGGCACAGGAGCUGCUGAGGGAACACUGGAAGCAGAAUAACUCUGAACUAAGGAAGGCUGAGUCAGGUUUGCACAAAGAUCAUGUUGUGAGCCAGUGGAGAGUCCAACAGCAGGAAAAAAAACAGGCUGAGGAGAAAGCUCAGGAGGAGAAACGUCGUGAGGAGAACGAGUAUGAGAAAGUCAGACGGGAGGCUUUGGAAAGAAUGAGGAAUGAGGAGGAGAGGAGAAAGCAAGAGGAGAUGAAGCGUGCUGAAGACCUCCGUAAACAGAUGGAAGAGCUUAAACUACAGGAACAGGAAGCUGAACGUCUUAAACAGGAACAGGAGGCUUUGAUGUCUCAAUGCUGGGAGCUUGAGAGGCUUGAGGAUGAACGGAGGAGGAUGGAGGAGACCAGGAGGAAAACUGAGUUUGGGCAUUUUUUGACACGACAAUACCGCGCACAGCUGAAAAGAAGAGCACAGCAGGUGCAGGAGGAACUAGAGGCAGACCGUAAGAUCCUUGCAGCGCUGCUGGAAGGGGAGAUGGAGGAGGAGAAGCUAGAGAAAGCCAGGAGAGAGAGAGCCGUUGCUGACACCGCAUGGAUGAAGCGAGUCAUAGAGGAGCAGCUCCAUUUGGAGAAGCAGAGGGAGGCAGAAUUCGAUAUUUUGUAUCGAGAGGAGGCUCAGCGUGUUUGGGAAAAGAGAGAGGCAGAGUGGGAGAAAGAGAAGAGGGCCAGAGAGAGACUCAUGCGGGAGGUCCUGGCUGGACGUCAGCAGCAGCUGGAGGAACAAAUGCAUGAGAACCGACUGGCAAGGGAGGAGUCUCUUCGGAGGAGAGAGGAGCUCCUCCAACAGCUGGAGCAAGAGAGACUCACCCUGCGCCAGGAGAGGGAGGAGCAGGAGGGAGCGCGCACGGCACGCAUGCAAGAGAUCAAUGCACAGGUGGAGCAGAAGCACAAGGAACGGUGGGAAGAGCAACAGAGACAGGAGCAAGAAGCGGAGCGGGAGAAGGAGGAGCUUAGGAUGCAGGAGGAGGAGCUUCAUCUUGAAACUGAGAGAAUCAUUCGACAGGGUUAUAAGGAGAGGAUUCACACCAGACCCCGGUCAGCAUGGACUUGAGAGCACUUUAGACAGGAAGUAAUAACUUGUGCCAUGUUUUUUAUUAUGAGCUCAGAGUGUCUUCUGGACAUCUGGCUCUGUUUUGAAAACCCUCAUGUCCAUCUUAAUCGUGGCCAUUUCGGAUAAGAAUCAGAAUUGGUUUAGGGCUUGCCCCAUUCAGACAUGCUAUUUAUAUGGCCCAUGAAUUGUUUAUAAUUAAUUAAUUGUUUAUGAUUAUUCAUUAAACGUAAUGUGUAAAAGUGAGUACGUUUUUACAUUUUAUUGCACCAGUGCUGAGGUUUUUAUAUAUUAUAGGUUUGUUUUUAUAGAAUAAUUACAAUGUUUAUUAAUAUAUACAAUGAACUUUGCAUAUAUUGUCUACUGAAUUCUUAUGAAGAAAUAAACAUCAUUAUUAGAUACAAAACAUAAAACCCAUUUCACACCCUAUAUAGUGCCAAAUAUACUGUAAGUAACACAUGAGUCCAGU